CGCCUCAGCAACCGCCUCUUCGACUCCACCUUCAGCAACCCACUAGUGCUGUGUUUCUGCUCAUCUUCCGUAUACGUCGCAAAGCUCAUAUCACUUUUCUUCUUACAGUCUGCUACUACAGACACUCCUCAAUAUGGCGUCGGAAAACAUCAACGUGCUCCUUUCAUCCUUCCCGGGCCUCUCACUCCCCUCCACAGUCACCUUCUCGCUUCCCUCAUCCUCAAGUCUCGCCGACCUCACAGACAAGAUCUCAUCAUACCUCCCUCCAUCGAUCCCACUUCACUCCUUGAUCCUCACCACCACGAAUAACAAACAACUCCUCCCAUCCGCCGAACCGCUUAUCUCAUAUCUUGCCAGCUCCAAUGGCGAGGCCAUCGCAACAACCUCUCUACUCCCUCUCCGCCUUAGCGUGCCCCUCUGCGGAGGUAAAGGUGGUUUUGGAUCCCAGCUGCGUGCCGCCGGUGGGCGCAUGUCGAGCAAGCGCAAGCGCAACCAAGGCGACGACAAUGGCUCCAGCCGCAACCUCGACGGCCGGCGGCUGCGCACCGUCAACGAAGCCAAGGCACUGGCGGAGUACCUGGCGCUCAAGCCCGAGAUGGACAAGAAGGAGAAAGAAGAGCGGCGACUGCGGUGGCUGGCCGUCGUGGAGGCCGCGGAGAAGCGGCAGGAGGAGUUGAAGAACGGCGGCGGGAAGCAGAAGAUCGAUGGUCAAUGGAUGGAAGAUAAAGAGGAAAUGAAUGAGAAGGCGAGAGAGGCGGUCUUAAUGGCGAUGAAGGACGGCAUGUGGACGGACAACUUACGUGAUACGAUUCUCGGCGGUUCGAGCACCAGUGCCAGUGCGAGUGAGGGCAGUGAUCGUGAUACCCCGUCUACCGAGGACGACAGUGAUGAGGUCGGUGAUGCGGAGGAGGAGAUGGUCGAUGCACCUGGUCCGUCAGCCUCGAAUCGCAGUGCGCCCAGGCGAUAUAUCGGGUUUGAUGAGGACGAUGAGUUUAUGAGUGAUUCGGAGGAGGAAGAGGAUGAGACUGGGGAGCCUGCUGAUGAUGCGAAGGGCAAAGGAAAGGCGAAGGCUUGAAAUGGUUGUAUUGUGUGGGGUUCAUGGUCUUUCAUUGGCGCAUGGGAUGGGCUAGGAUUACUGUCAUUUUGUUUAGCAUAUAUUAUUCUUUGUUCGCAUGAUGCUUCUCAAAUAUUAACCUAUUAAUCGCGAAUGUCAU